AUGCACGUCACACUCUCUUCUUUUGCUCUUGUUGCAGCGGUCAGCGCUUUGCCCAAUCGGCAAGGUCGCGCAGACGCGGCCACAGCCAACGCCUUUACUCUUGUCGCUCAUGCCCCGGACCCCAACGUUGACCUGGACCCCUCCGUCGAGGGCCUCGUCCUCAGCUCUGCCCACACAGGCGCCGGUAUCAGCGUCGCUGUCUUCACCGACGGUACCCCCCGCCUCUUUUACCAGAAUGGCACGGCCGGUGCCAGUACGCUGCUUACGGACAGCGGCUCCCCUCCGUUCCCGUCAAGCCUCCAGUUGCAAGCCAUCACGGAGCCCCGCACCGCUGGGAGCAUCAGCAUCGGGCAAGGGUCGCCAGCGUACGUCGGUGACUUUGGCACCGUGAUUAACGGAAUCGAAGUCGGCACUUUUCUCGCAUGCCCAGAGGUGGUCCCCUAUUACAACCAGACCUUCAUUACACUGCAGUACGUGUACGGCGAUGCUGCCGCCGGCGAUGUUCCUGGCUGCGCCAUCAUCGACCUUCAAGCCAGGUGCGCUACUCUCAACGACCUGCCCGAUGGUAGCAUCUCGAACCACCAUUUCGCCACGGACGUCGUUUGCCAGUAG